CUGAAGGGUUGGGACUAACAUAAAGACGGAGAUACAGGGAGGAGGGGGGUUUGAUAAAGAAUAUUCGUCUCUAGUCACAGUAACUACACAUGACUUGAGCAGUUGUAAGGUUUUCAUCUUCCUGUUUCUCCCAGCCACACGCAGUAAACCAGGAGCGUGUCAAAAAUGCUCUUUUAUUUUCGGAAGAAAUGGUGUUCUGAUAUGAAGUAUUAAGUUUUAAGGCUACGGGAGAAACGGAGAAUAACCAGCAGGGCUUUAGAGAUUGAGGUGGGAUCUCUGGGGCUCGCUAUGGAGACGACCUCUCAACGCUGGCUGAAGUGAAGGAGCAGGGCACGAGUUUUCUGCAGAUAACCAUUAGCUGAAGUUUGUUUAGGGUUAAGGUAUUAUUUUGUGUUAUUUUUGUAUCGAGUCGUUUGUUUGCGUUUUUUUUUUGGAAACAUUAGUGAGUGAUGGACUCGUGAGAUGGGAGCUGCACGCCGCCUUUUGAGUGUUCAGGAAGUCCAUCCAGCAGCGUGUUGAUCUGGCGUCUCUCAAGUCCAGGGUCUUGAGUCUGCAGUAGUGGUCUGCUCAGGCAAUUCAGUGCCUUCGAUUCAUCUGCUAGCUGCCACAUUGUCUCAAAAGCCAUGCUGGUGAAAGAAUACCGGAUCUGCAUGCCACUUACGAUGGAGGAGUACAGGAUAGGACAGCUGUACACCAUCAGCAAGCACAGCCAUGAGGAGAGUGACAAGGGAGAAGGGGUGGAAGUGGUGCGGAAUGAGCCGCACACUGACCCUGUGCAUGGAGAAGGACAGUUCACGGAGAAGAGAGUCCAUCUGUCCAGUAAGCUUCCAAGCUGGGCUCGUGCAGUGGUGCCUCGUAUAUUUUACAUCACAGAAAAGGCCUGGAACUACUACCCUUACACAAUUACAGAAUACACGUGCUCUUUUUUGCCAAAAUUCUCAAUCCACGUAGAAACAAAGUAUGAGGACAACUGUGGGAAUAAUGACAACAUUUUCAACAUGGAUAAGAACAGCUCAGACACAGAGGUGUGCUUUCUGGAUAUCGCAUAUGACGACAUCCCAGAACGACAUUACAAAAGCUCAGAGGACCUCAGGUGUUUCUCCUCUGUAAAAACGGGACGGGGUCCUUUGAAGGAAGGCUGGAGGGAGAGCUUCAAGCCGGUGAUGUGCUCUUACAAACUGGUGGGAGUCAAAUUUGAGGUGUGGGGUCUGCAGACGAGAGUGGAGCAGUUUGUACAUAAGGUCAUCAGGGACAUUUUGUUGGUGGGACACCGGCAGGCUUUUGCUUGGGUGGAUGAGUGGUACAACAUGACGAUGGAGGAGGUGCGGGAGUACGAGAGAGAGACGCAGGAGGCCACCAACGAGAAGAUCGGCCUGGUGACGCCCACCAUCUCCAUUCACGAGGUGUCCAAGCCGCCGGCCACCCGCAGCGCCCCCGCCAGUGCGCCGUCCACCCCCGUCAACGGAGACCCCCCGGACUUCCUGAACGUCCCCAAGGACCGGCCCCGCAAGAAGUCCGCCCCCGAGACUCUCACCCUGCCAGAGCUUCGAGAACGCGCCCUUCCCAAAUAGCAUUCCCGCGGGUCUGGACUUACCGAGAAAAUGUUCUCUUUGCCGUUUUUAAGAAAAAGGAAUUUAAUCUCUCUAUAUUGAUGGGGGUAAAACAAUAAAUGGGUUUAAAGGUUGA